AUAAAUAACAAAAAAUUUCAUUAUUGCUGCAGCGACUGUGGUGGCUAGGGUUUCUUGCACAGAGAAAGAGAGAGAUGGAUCGCGAUGUUUCUGUCCCUGCCUCGGAUCCUGCUCUUCCGCGGCUAUCCGAGGGCCGGAUACCGAGCCGCAGGCGUAGAUUUCCACUGUUGAGGGGCGAAUUACUUUUCCGCUACAAUUCAUCAUUGUAUAAAAGUGAUGGCUUUGAUAUGGUCAGUCUGGCGAGCCUGAAGGGCCAGUCUGGCACCAUGCCUCAUGGUAUAAUUUCACCACUCAGUCCCAAGUGCAAAUAUUCGCGCGACAUAUGCAAAACGGUUUCGAUGCGCGCAAUCGAUGAAUACGAAAGGCGUAGACAACUAAGAACUUUCUUCAAGCCUCAAAUGCCUCCUCAGCUGGAGUUUGUGAAGGUAGUGAAAGCAAUGUCUCAGUCUUGUGAUAUACGCAGGUAUUUUGUAACCUUUGAGGCCAAGGAUCAUGCUGAUGGAGGCAAGACUAAGACCUUUCGAACCAUUGCGCGUUGGAGGCCCCCCUUAGAUGAUCAUAAUUUUGAUCUGUUGUAUGUCAGGGAGUAUAAGGAGAAAGAAGAUAAAGGGGAUCAAGUUAUUCAUAUUUCCACUGCUAGUGAACUGGAAACACAGUUGAAUGCUGCUUCAAGGACAUCUCGCCUGGCAAUCCUGUACUUCUCUGAUCAUCGCUGCCGUUUGUAUUCUCUUCUUUACACAAGCUUACCUGCAAAGUACCCGAAAGUUGUUUUCUUGCAAGUAGACAUAGUUGAGGGUGGCCCUCAGGCCGGGGGCCUGGCUGCUGACUGGGGUGUUAGGAGGUGUCCGCACUUUAUCUUUUUCAAACGUGGCAAGGAGGUGGACAAGUUUGGUGCAAUAUCCUCAGAUGGACUUAGAAGUAUGAUUGCACAGCACUUGCAUAGACGACGCAAGCGGGUUGUAUGAGAAGAUUUUUCAGCAGUGACAUAUGCAUAUGGAGAGUUUAAGGAGAUUUUAGGAGGUUAGGAGGUUUCUGCACUUUAUCUUUUUCAAACGUGGCAAGGAGGUGGACAAGUUUGCUGCGGCAUCCUCAAUUGAACUUAGAAGGAAGAAUGCGCAGCACUUGCGUAGACGACGAAAAUGAAGAAGCAGCGGCAAGAUGUGAGCAAAAUGCAUGGCUUCCCUGCAUCUCAAGUUGAGACGUUAUUGUUGUGCUUCUGAUGUUAGUCUGUCUGUUUAAGCAAAUUUCAAGUCAUUAGGCUUGCAUUCACAUAUUUGGAUACAUUUAUCUACUCCUGCGCAGCAUUUGUGUGUUUUGAAGAAAUAUUACUUACAAUUCAAUUGAAGUAAUUCUUUCUCUUCU